AUGGAAAGUGGAAGUAAUGUCACUGUGUUUAUUCUCUUAGGACUAUCUCAAAACAGGAACAUUGAAAUCCUCUGCUUUGUGUUGUUUUUAUUUUGCUAUGUUGCUAUUUGGAUGGGAAAUUUGCUCAUAAUGAUUUCUAUCACAUUCAGUCUGCUAGUUGACCAACCCAUGUAUUUCUUCCUUAAUUACCUCUCCCUCUCCGACCUUUGCUAUACAUCAACAGUGACGCCCAAACUAAUGACUGAUUUACUGGCAGAAAGGAAGACCAUUUCCUAUAAUAACUGCAUGACACAGCUUUUUAUCCUUCACUUCCUUGGAGGCAUCGAAAUCUUCAUCCUCACAGGGAUGGCCUAUGACCGCUAUGUGGCCAUCUGCAAGCCCCUGCACUACUCCAUCAUCAUGAGCAGGCAAAGGUGUAACACGAUCAUUGGAGCUUGUUGCACUGGGGGAUUUCUACACUCUGCCAGUCAGUUUCUUCUCACCAUCUUUCUGCCGUUCUGUGGCCCCAACGAGCUAGAUCACUACUUCUGUGAUGUGUAUCCUUUGCUGAAACUGGCUUGCACUGACACCUCCAGAAUCGGUCUCUUGGUAGUUGUCAAUUCAGGUCUGAUUGCUUUGGUGACAUUUGUGAUUUUGAUGGUGUCUUAUUUUCUGAUACUACAUACCAUCAGGGCUUUCCCUGCAGAGAGCCGUGCCAAAGCUCUUUCCACCUGCAGUUCUCACAUUACAGUUGUGGUCCUGUUUUUUGGGCCUGCCCUUUUCAUUUACAUUAGACCAGCCACAACUUUUCCAGAAGAUAAAGUGCUUGCCCUUUUCUACACCAUCAUUGCGCCCAUGUUCAAUCCUCUGAUCUACACACUCAGAAACAUGGAGAUGAAGACUGCUUUGAGGAAAGUGUGGUGCCAGAAAGCAUUUUUGAUUGGAAGGCAAAUCAUCUGA